UCUACCUCACAUCCACCCACAUCCACCUCACCAUCCACUUCACCAUCCACCUCACCAUCCAUCUCACCAUCCAUCCCACAUCCACCUCACAUACACCUCACAUACACCUCACUAACCACCUCACUUUCACCUCACCAUCCACCUCACCAUCCACCUCACCAUCCACUUCACCAUCAACCUCACCAUCCACCUCACAUCCACCUCACCAUCCACCUCACCAUCCAUCUCACCAUCCAUCCCACAUCCACCUCACAUCCACCUCACAUACACCUCACUAACCACCUCACUUUCACCUCACCAUCCACCUCACCAUCCACCUCACCAUCCACUUCACCAUCCACCUCACCAUCCACCUCACCAUCUACCUCACAUUCCACCUCACAUUCACCUCACCAUCCACCUCACAUCCACUUCACAUUCAUCUCACCAUUCACCUCACCAUCCAUCUUGCCUCUGGGCCUGGAGAGAGAGGAAAUCCAGCAGACCUUCCAUUUGGCCCUGCAGGCAACAUCUGGCUCCGCAGCCACCUUCCGCGUGACAGUCCUCGCAGAUGGCGGGCUGCUCCUCAGAGCUGUCACUCGCGCAGCCUUGCGGCUAGAGCGUGGCGGCACACGCCACCAUGGCAGAGACGCCUCCCGCGAGGCGCGCAGGGAACGAGGCGGGCUGCACACCCGCAGGCUUGUUAAUGAGAGCUGUGUGUUCAACUCCCCAAGCUCUGAGUGA